GAUGACUUGGGACUUUGCAGCUAUCCUGCCGGUCUCAUUGUUUGCCUUCUUCUAUCGUGCAUGCGACAUUCGUCAGCAGAUUCACCGACCCGGUGGGAGACUCUUUUCCCCUUCGCAUGGUAUGGUCUUCUGGGAAAACCAGUCUCGGCGACCACAUUCAUUCACUGCAGUCUUGACUCAGCGAAGGGACAGAACAAUAGGAACGAUAUGCGGAAGCUCAAGGUUUUACAAAGAGGCGCGGUCUUGUUCUACGGUAGCUUGAAAGGUUGAUCAAAUCUAUGACACUAUUGAGGGCAGUUGCGAUUGAUUGGGCAUCAACCGAACCAUUCGCUGUGUUCACCAG